CCCCCCCCCUCAUCCCCGUUCUUUGUGUUGCUGCAGUCAAUCACCGAUAGAGUCCGGAGAAAGAGAGGGCGAUGGGCAAAGUAGUAGUGGGGACCCGUGGCAGGGAAGUUCUGCGAGGCCCGCUCAUGCACCGAAAGCUAGGGCUCGGGAGCUUGGAAGAGGAGAGCAGUCGUUGUGUUUUGUGGGAGAGAGAACAACGGGAAACUGCACUCUUCCUGCAUGGCCCUGUAUGACAACUGUGAGAACGUCGAGCAAGCCGGUGACAAGAAACCCAAGAAGAUAAUCCAGCUCGUGGAUGCAAAGAUUGAGGAACAGCCAUACUCGACUCCCGUCCGUUCCCAGGGGUCGCCGGGGUCAGGUGGAACUCUGCUGGAGAAAGCCUGUCAGUUCCUGGUGAUCCAUCCCAAUGAAGUGAACGAGUUCAGAUCGGAGAGUGGUGGCAUGAAAGUCCACUGGUCGAAGCUUCUCACACUACUGACGAUGUUUCCGUACUCUGUCAUCCCAGAGGAGCCUUCCUCCAACCCAAUAAGCGAGAGAUUCCGGUACAAAGUGGACCCCAAGUCCUACGGAGCAGGUAUAAUUCACACUACGUUGAUACCA